GUUUCGUCUCAUUGUUGCUCUGUUUCUUGAGGUUUUAUUAAUGGAUGCUGGUACUUUAAACUCGGUGAUCAAUAGGUUGCUUGAAGCUAGGGAGAAACCAGGAAAGAUUGUUCAAUUGUCUGAAACAGAGAUUAAACAGCUCUGUUUCGUCUCUAGAGGUAUCUUCUUAAGACAGCCAAAUCUCUUGGAACUCGAAGCUCCAGUCAAAAUCUGUGGGGACAUUCAUGGACAAUAUCCGGAUCUCUUGAGACUAUUCGAAUACGGCGGUUACCCUCCUCGUUCAAACUACUUGUUCCUUGGAGAUUACGUUGAUCGCGGCAAGCAAAGCAUCGAAACGAUUUGUCUUUUACUUGCUUACAAGAUCAAAUUCCCUGAAAACUUCUUCCUUCUCAGAGGAAACCAUGAAAGUGCCUCAAUAAAUCGCAUUUACGGCUUCUAUGAUGAGUGUAAACGCAGAUUCAGUGUCAAGAUUUGGCGAAUCUUCACCGAUUGCUUCAAUUGUCUCCCCGUGGCUGCACUCAUCGAUGAUCGGAUUCUUUGUAUGCAUGGUGGGCUCUCACCGGAGCUUCUUAGCUUGAGACAGAUUAGGGAUAUUCGUCGUCCAACAGAUGUUCCUGAUCGCGGUUUACUCUGUGAUCUAUUGUGGUCUGAUCCUGAUAAAGAUGUUAGAGGUUGGGGGCCUAACGAUCGCGGAGUUUCUUACACUUUCGGAUCGGAUACAGUUUCUGGGUUUCUCAAAAGACUUGAUCUUGACCUAAUUUGUAGGGCUCACCAGGUUGUUGAAGACGGAUUCGAGUUCUUUGCGAAUAAGCAGCUCGUGACGAUAUUCUCUGCACCGAAUUACUGUGGGGAAUUUGACAAUGCAGGUGCGAUGAUGAGUGUGGACGAUGAUUUGACCUGCUCUUUUCAGAUCUUAAAACCUAAUGACAAGAAAUCAAAGUUCAGUUUCGGAAGCAGAGGUGGUGCUAAAACUAGCUUCCCUUAUCCUAAAGUCAAGUCGAUUCUGACUAAUGGGAUUCUUCUUCAUGAACGUAUUUAUGUUUGCUAUAGCUUUCCCCUACGAUCACUGGAUCAAACAAGACAACCGCAUUGGAUUCGUCAUUAUUUACUUCCUCACUUUCUUCUUCGCAAACUUCGGUCCAAUGCAACUACUUUCGUGGUUCCGGCCGAGAUCUUCCCAACCAGGCUGAGAUCCACUUGUCACGGAAUAUCAGCCGCGGCAGGAAAGGCAGGAGCUAUCGUGGGAGCGUUUGGAUUUUUAUACGCAGCUCAGUCAAAGGACAAAACCAAGACGGACGCAGGUUAUCCACCUGGUAUUGGUGUCAAGAACUCGUUGAUCAUGCUUGGUGUUAUCAAUUUUGUUGGUAUGAUCAUGACGUUUUUAGUGCCCGAAUCUAAAGGCAAGUCUCUUGAGGAGCUUUCAGGCAACAAUGUGAAUGACGAGACGGCCUCUUCCGCUGUCGCCACCUCCAGAAAUAACUGAAGGCAUAAAGACUUUUGCCUUAACCAACAUUCUGUAGUUAUUUCGCCCGUUUGAUCGUUGGUGAAAUUUGUUGAGUGGACAAAUCAGAAUGUAUCAAAGAGUUGGUCUCUUUUGUUUAUAAUUCCUUUUCGAAAUAAAAAUGCAAACCCUUA